AUGGGAGCGGCCUUGUCCUGUGUGACGUCCUACAUCAGACCAGAAUCUGUGAUCCGAGAAAGGGAAAGCAAAAUAACAUUUUCAUCCAGGACAGCAGGUGGCAGUGUCCGUGGACAGGAUGGCAAGGCCUAUGUGGUGGAUACUUACCGCCCCCACUUAGACACCAACCUGGGUGUGGGUGGGCGAGUUGUAGGGGGAUGCAUUGAAUGCCCCUUGCAUGGGCAGCAGUUCCGUGGGGCUGAUGGAAAAUGCAAGAUUCUAUAUGCAGAUAAAGUGCCUGAGUUUGCAAAGGUGCUGUGUUGGCCCAGCUGUGAGAUCAACCGGCAGGUUCUGGUGUGGUUUCCGGAGCCCAGCUGGAGAGUUCCAGAACAGAGCGAGAUUACACACAGGGAAUGGGUGUACCGCGGCCAUACCGAACAUUUGAUUAAUGCACACAUUCAUUUUAAAUUUGUUUAUGUCUUUUCUCAGGAGAUUCCAGAGAAUGCAGCAGACAUUGCACACUUGGCUCAUUUGCACACUCCAGGUAUCGUCAGUUUUGAUAAUCUGUGCUAUACUAACAGCAAGACCUGGGAGUUUAUACGGCAUGAUUUCCAGGUGGAGUGGAAACCUGAGCACUGUUCACAGAUGUUGGUGGAACACGCUCUCACUGUGUUCGGACGUUACUGGCCUCUUCUUGAUUUGGAUGUCCUGGCCAGACGGGUAAUGACUGGACCAGGCAGAAUCUGUUUUAUGAUUUUAUGACUUUUUGAACACAGUUUUCUAGGUCGGGGUGUGAUCAUGCACUGCUUUACCCCAGUCGAGCCUUUACUGCAGUGUGUAUCACACACCAUCUUCUACCAGAGCAACAUCCCAUUUAUUUGAUCGCAAAUUUUGUCUUAACUGAUGGUUUUGCUGUUACAGUUCGAACAAGAUGUGAUGAUCUGGAACAACAAGACAUACAUCUACAUUGGAAUU